AUGCCUGCAGCGCUGAGAAGGAGUCAAGGUGAAGGGGCAGGCAGACAGAGUGGUGCAGGGCUGGGAGCUCAUUUUGUUUGCCAGGCAAGAGGCAUCUCAUCAGGCUCCUGCUUUUCUCCUGAGCUGGCUUGUGGAUGGGAGCACCCUUGGGCGUGCCCAGCUGCAGGGUGCAAGGAGGCAAAGGAGGGCAACAGGGAGAGGAGACAACUUCCAGAGAGCCUGAGUGGACUGAGAGCCUUUCCCAGAGACCUGCAGGGCAGUCUGCUGGAGGUGACCAUGCUGAAGCUCUUUGGAUUGCUCUUCUUCUGUGGCCUCCUCUCACCCUCCCAGGAGGUCCUGUCCGGCCUGUCCUGCGCUGUCAGCCCUGGGGCCAUGCAGAAUGUCCUCUCAGAAGCCAUCCUGCAGAAUGGGCUCCUCCAGCAGCACCUGCAGGGCCUCGUGCUCCCCAACAUCGUGAGUGAAGGGGGUCUGCUGAACUCCCCCACCAGCAUCACCGGCCUGCACCUGGUGAAGGUCCGGCGGCCCAAGCUGUCCGUGGUGCUGCUGUCGGGCGUCGGGGUCCAGCUGAGCAUCGCUGCCAAGCUGGAGCUCAGCGGGGACUGCCUGGUUGGCCUCCUCUCCGAGCUCAUUGACAUCCUGGUGGAUGUGAGGAUCACUGCCAACAUCAAGUGCACCAACUACGAGGCGGGCACGGUCCAGGUGGUCUUUGAGGACUGCCUCUGCAUCCUGGGGGCUGUGAAGAUCAAGCUCCUGUCUGGCUUGCUGACCCUGUCAGUCAACGAGAUCGUGCUGCGCCAGCUGACAGCAGCUCUGCCCGCGCUGCUGUGCCCGGUUCUGGAGAUCGUGGUGAACCUGGUGAACAUCCAGCUCCUGGGCACCCUCAACGCGGUGAUCCCGGUGGGGACGGCAGGAACCAUCCACUACCAGCUGGCCAGCCUGCCCUUCACCUCUGGCUUGUUCCUGGGCAUGGACCUAGACGGGGCGGUGAAGCAUGUGGGAGGCACAAUCAUCCCCCACGACUCUUCCCCCUCGGCUCUGCCUCCGCUGCUGGACAAGCUCCUGGUGCUGGCGCUGCGGCAGAGCUUCCUCAACGCAGUCCUGUCCCUCCUGAUCCAGACACCCCCCCAGACCUUCACCUGCACCCCAGAAGUGUUCUCCAGUGCCACCCCCCUGCGGGAAGCCAUCAUGAGCCUCGUUCCUGCUGGGUGCCCUGCCUGCCGUGGCACCAGCCCUCUGAGCAUCAAGCUGGCGCUGGGUGGGAGCCCUCUGCUCUUCCUGGAGGACAACAAAGCCAGCGUGGAGCUGUCGGUGCUGAUCCAGGUGUUCGCCAAGCGCUCCGACGGAGCCAUCCUCACCCUCCUGCUGCUGAAGGCUGAUCUGGCUCUCAACGUCCAUUUGUCCAUCGUCGGGGGCAGGCUGGUGCUGGGCUUGUCCCUGGGCAGCACUGUCCUCUCCUUGGAGUCUUCUGACGUUGGCAUCAGUAAUAUCUCGAACCUGAAGCCACACUGCAGCAGUUUGCUGGCAGAGACCUUCCUGCCCCUCAUCAACGGUGCCCUGCGUGUCGGGAUUCCGCUGCCAAACGUGCUGGGCAUCCCCUUCAUCAAGGUGGAAAUUCAGAUACAAGUGGGCCUGCUGCUGAUUUUCGUGUGAGCCGAGGAGGAGGAGGCAGCAGGAGGAGGACAGAGCAGCAGGAUGGAGCAUGCACAGCAGCCUGACCUCCUCUUUUCUAACCCUGCUGCCACUUGAAAGCCAAGUGGCUCCUGUGGGUGCUGGCAGGACAGGACCCAGCAGGCAGCUCUGGGUGCCAGUGCUCUUUGGGGGGCAGAAAUCCAUGGCUUGGGGCACAGAGCAGCUGGGGGUGGCCCUGCCAGACCUGCUCUGGGGGAAUCAUUGCUGAUGGAAUGAGAAUCUUGCCCAUGGCUCUCCUGUGUCCCCAGCCAGGCUGGGCAGGGUGGGAGGUGCUGGGAGCUCAGGAUCCCUUU